CGUCGUUGGAGCAUACACUCAAGCGUCAUGGAACUCGCUCCUCACCCUGUGAUUCCUCAGAAGAAGCCCGUCCUCGUGUGCAUCCUGGACGGAUGGGGCGAAAACCCCGUGACGGAUCAGUACAACGCGUGUCACGUCGCGAAAUCCCCGACGAUCGACGCGCUCGCCGCGAAGGGCCCCGGGUACUACCGCUCCGUCCUCGCUCACGGCCCCGCCGUCGGUCUCCCCACUGAUGGUGACAUGGGAAACAGCGAGGUCGGCCACAACGCCCUCGGCGCGGGAAAGAUCAUCGCCCAGGGCGCGUCUCUCGUCGACAUCGCGCUCGAAACGAAGAGCGUGUACUCCGGCGCCGGUUGGGCGCACGUCAAGCCCGCUUUCGCGGACAACACGCUCCACGUCAUCACGCUCCUCUCCUCCGGCGGCGUGCACUCGAGGUACGACCAGGUCCUGAAGCUCUGCCAAGGCGCGGUCGCGGACGGAUGCAAGAAGCUCAGGCUGCACGUCCUCACCGACGGUCGCGACGUCCCGGACAACAGCUGCCACGAGUACAUGCGCGUCCUCGUCGAAGACCUCGCGAAGCUCGAGGGAUGCGACGCCAAGGUCGCGUCCGGCGGCGGACGCAUGAAGGUCACGAUGGAUCGAUACGAAGCGGACUGGGCGAUGGUCGAGCGCGGGUGGAAGGCGCACGUCCUCGGGGACGCGCCGCACAAGUUCACGGACCCGAUCGAAGCGCUGAACAAACUGAAGGAAGGCGGCGACAGCGACCAGUACGUCGAACCGUUCGUCAUCACCGACGCGGACGGCAAGCCCGUGGGCACCGUGGAGGACGACGACGCCGUCGUCAUCGCGAACUUCCGCGCCGACCGCGUCGUGGAAAUCUCCAAGGCGUUCGAGUACCCGGACUUUAACAGCUUCGACCGCGUUCGAUAUCCGAAAGUUCGAUUCGCCGGACUCAUGCAGUACGAUGGCGACCUUAAACUCCCCGCGAACUACCUCGUACCCCCGCCCCUCAUCGAGAGGACGUCCGGGGAGGUGCUCGCCGCGAACGGUCUGAGAACGUUCGCGUGCUCGGAGACGCAAAAAUUCGGGCACGUCACGUUCUUCUGGAACGGCAACCGCUCCGGGUACUUCAAGGAAGACCUCGAGACGUACGUCGAGAUUCCGUCCGAUAACGUUCCUUUCAACCAGGCGCCGUUGAUGAAAGCGCGCGAGAUUUGCGCCGCGGGCAAGGAGGCGCUGAGGAGCAAAAAGUACGACGUCGUUCGCGUGAACUUCGCGAACCCGGACAUGGUCGGGCACACGGGCGACCUCGCCGCGACGAUUGCGGCGUGCGAAGAGUGCGACGCGUGCGUGAAGGAGCUUCUCGACGUCGUGGAUGAGCUCGGCGGCAUGUUCUUGCUCACCGCGGACCACGGAAACGCGGACGACAUGGUGCAAAGGAACAAGAAGAACGAGUGCCUCUUCGAAGCGGACGGAACCACUCCUUUGCCGCUCACGUCGCACACGCUCGCGCCGGUUCCGGUCGCGAUCGGAGGCCCCGCGCUCCCGGCGAACAUCAAGUUCCGGGACGACCUUCCGAAAGCCGGCCUCGCGAACGUCACCGCAACGUACAUCAACCUCAUGGGAUACGAAGCGCCCGCGGAGAUGGAGCCGUCGCUCUUGGCCGCGUUCUAGGAAAGAAUGCAUGUAAAAAUUUAACUCAAGAAUAAACCGUC